GUCUUGCCUUCUUCAGACGUGGGGCUUCACACACAUUCUUUUACCGUUAUCCUGUCGCCACCGAUAUUUUCCUAGUCCCGAGGAUUACAGCGACAUCAUCUAGGCCCAGUUCUCCACCAUAUACUCGGCAAAUAUAAGUCUUGAUCCCCUCACAGAAACCUACCAAUCAUGACGUUGAAUGGAGUAUUUUCUGUAUCGCCUCCAAAGACGAGGGUGAUACUCGUAGGGGUGGGCGGCGCGACGUGCUCCGGCAAAACGACACUAGCGAAGCAUCUCAAGAGCAUCAUACCCGAUAGUGUCAUUAUUCAUCAAGAUGAUUUCGCCCCACCUCAGGAGCUCGUACCGUAUCAUCCAACUUACAAAGUGCAAGACUGGGACGCCGCACCAGGCGCAAUUGAAUGGUCUCGGCUGAUUAAGUUUUUGCGCCACGUCAAAGCUUCAGGAGAGAUACCAAGCGACCAUCGCAGUCACGAUCAUCUGAAUGAACAGAAAUUGGUACCGGUAGACGAGGAGAUCAAGCAGCGAUGGCAGAACGAAUUUGAAAAAAUCAAGGAGGCGAACACGGAGGCGGGGGAGCGCGUAAUCUGGGGUUUGGUGGACGGCUUUUUGCUGUAUUGGCAUCCUGAAGUUAUCGAACAGCUGGACGUCCGCAUAUUCCUCCGUGUGCCGUAUGACGUACUAAAGGAAAGGCGACACCAACGACACGGUUACCACACAGCAGUGCAAUCCGAUCCAGAGGGCUCAUUAUGGCGCGACCCUCCCAUGUAUUGGGAGCAAAUUGUGUGGCCGGCAUAUGUCGAUGCACAUAGAGAUAUGUUUUUAGAUGGAGAUCUGGAACACGGGGAACCUGGAGACAAAGUCAAGGACGCAUUGAUUAUCGAACCCUUAACAAAGAGUAUGGGGGAGGUUGUAGAGAUAUGCUGUCAGGCCUUGAGAGACACCGAGACGAGGUAAACUGCACCGCAUAGAAUACUUGAUCCUGUAGAAUAUUUAGUCCUAUAGAAUACUUUUAUAAGUACUUAUUAUAAAAAUUUCAAUUCACUUC